CACUCCCCCACUCCACACCACACCACAUUUCCGUCGAUCGAUCGAUCCGGCCACCAUCAUCUUCAUCCUUGGCAUCAACCCUCGAUCGAUCCGGGUUGAUUCCUAGGUUUUCUUGUUCUUCUUCCUCCUCCUCCCGCGUCGGCCGCUUGACUCGCCGUAUCUUCCACCGAUCGAUAUAUAUCGCAGACCGAUGCAGGCCUCGCCGGCGGCGGCGGCGGCGCCGGCGUGCUCGGCUAUCCGGCCGGCGCAGCAGACCGUGCGAGCCCAGACAGAUAGGAGGGGAUUGGAGUGCAGGGCUCGGUUUGGAACGAGGAAAUUAUCCUGGGCCGGUAAAUUGUCAGCGGAAAAUUCUGCAGUUCACCUGUGUUCAAGUCUAACAGGAAACUUAAGGAGGCAAAGAAGGCAACAUUCUUCAGUCCUCCAAGUUAGAUGCUAUGCCAUUACUGGCGAUCAGCAUGAAUCGAUCGCCAUUCAGUUUGAAGAAAUUUUGGAAGAAGUUUCCAAGAAACUGGGAGCUUUUUAUCGGUUUUGCCGACCCCACACAAUUUUUGGCACUAUAAUAGGAAUCACUUCAGUUUCUCUCCUUCCAAUGAGAAGCCUAGAUGAUUUUACUACGAAAGUAUUAUGGGGAUUUCUUGAGGCAUUAUCCUCAGCUUUAUGUAUGAAUGUCUAUGUUGUUGGCCUGAAUCAACUAUAUGACAUUCAGAUUGAUAAGGUCAAUAAACCCAGCCUUCCAUUGGCGUCUGGAGAGUUUUCAGUGGCAACUGGAGCAGUGUUAGUACUCACGUCCUUGAUCAUGAGCAUUGCCAUUGGAAUCAGAUCCAAAUCAGCUCCUUUGCUGUGUGCUUUGCUUAUCAGUUUCUUUCUUGGAAGUGCGUACUCUGUUGAUGCUCCAUUACUCCGGUGGAAACGGAACGCGUUUCUCGCUGCAUUCUGUAUACUAUUUGUAAGAGCAGUCUUAGUUCAGCUAGCAUUCUUUGCACAUAUGCAGCAACAUGUUCUGAAGAGACCCUUGGCACCAACAAAGCCGGUGGUUUUCGCGACAUUGUUCAUGUGUUGCUUCUCUGCAGUCAUUGCAUUAUUCAAGGAUAUUCCUGAUAUUGAUGGUGACAGACAUUUUGGCGUCCAGUCCUUGAGCGUACGUCUGGGUCCAGAAAGAGUGUAUUGGCUCUGCAUAAACAUACUAUUAACAGCAUAUGGAGCUGCCAUUUUGGCAGGAGCAUCAUCCACAAAACUAUCCCAAAUGAUCAUCACCGUUUUCGGCCAUGGCAUGUUAGCCUUUGCACUUUGGCAGAGAGCACAGGAAUGUGACGUUGAGAACAAGGCGUGGAUCACAUCAUUUUACAUGUUCAUUUGGAAGCUGUUCUACGCUGAGUAUUUCCUUAUACCAUUUGUGCAGUAAGCACUAAUAUAUACACAAGGGCAAGAAUUUUCUAACCAUGCGUACAAGCAAUUAUAUGAGACCUAUUGCUGAUGAUGGUUUGUAUCCAAUGUGCUGCAAUAUGCAAAUGUGGAUAAAGGCAAUUAUGAGCAUGCACUUUUUAGAUCUUUAUAACUGCUGCCCUUUGAGCAAAUGUUGUUUGGAGAAACCAGAUCUUGUCAUUGGUAUUUUGCUGGGGUGUCUCUCGUCUGGCUGUUGAGUUACAUGUCCAGGGGGAAAUGCCUAUCGGCGUGUUUUGUUCAGAAGUUGAAAUUAGCUUGUUAGCCUAGUGCAAAAUGAGAAAGAGCAAUUUUACAGUCCAAUAAAAGGUACCUCGCGGUUCCAAGUUGUUUCUGACCGUUGGAUCUAA